UGUUGAAUCCAAUGCACACUGCCAGCUCUCGGAAACCUCCAAGGAGAGCGCAAACACAUCCUUAGAACCUGCCGAAUGUGUGAAUGACCUAGACUUGUCUUGUGCCUUAUCCCAAACAGAAAUCAAAGGCACCAGACCUUCUGAAACCAACUUCAUUGAUGGAAUAACGAUAUGUGCUGAAAAUCCCAUUGAGGACAAAAGUGUUGACAUGGCUACCAAUAUGAGUGAGACGACCAUCUCUGAGGAGAGUCUGUUCUCUCUUAUUGACACCACCAGUGGUUCAGCUCUGGAGAGCUCCUUCAUGUCUGACCCACUCAAGGCUCAUCCUCAACAGCUGAGCUCACUUCCCCUUUGGAUAAUAAUAGUGGAUUGCAUCAGGAUUUGGAACACACUUCCCCAGUGGAUAUAGACAAUGGUUUGCCUGAGGAACUGCCGCCUUCAGACACACCUGAGUGCCUGAAUGGAUUACAUCAAGAUUCUCCUGAUAGUUUGAUGGAGCACAGUGGAACUCUUCAGCAAUGUGCUGAGGAAACUGCGUGUGGAUCAAAUCACAGAUGACAGCGCUUCAGGAGAGGAUGCAGCAGACGGACACCAAGACUCCUCAGUAGACAUAGCAAAUUCUGAAGCGAUCCACAGAGAGACCGAAACAUUUUAUUCAGUUGAUGCCAGUCAAGACUCUGGACCCCAGGAGAAGGAAUCCUCUUCAGUGAUCUCAGAAGUCCCCUCUUUGACACCAUCACCCGAGAGCAUACGUCACAAAGAGUCGCCAAGCACUAUGCGAGGGUCCGCCAGCGAUGGAGACUCUCUGUUUAGUCAGGAUUUGGGCGAGGACAGCGUUUUUAAUAAUAAGGCUGAGGACAGCAUCACCAUCACCAGCGGCGUGUCCAUGUCCUAUUCGUCCUCCACAGAUGACUCCUCCAGCUUGGGAACCCCUUGCGCCACCCCUCAGACUAGCACAGAGGCUCCUGCUUCAGACCCCUUUCAAGAAAAGCCCACAUCUCCUGGAGCUUCUGGAGAAACAGAGGAGGAAGAGAAAAAGGACCGUCUCACUGAGGUUCCAGAGCGAUCGGCCAUGUUACGGACUACCAUACGAUCAUUGUCCCCUUUUCGAAGACACAGUUGGGGGCCGGGCAAAAAUUCAGCAGGGGAGACAGAAAUGAGUCAGCGCAGUGCGGCACAAGGUGAAGUGGAGCGCAGAUCUCUUGGUCAUAGGAGAAGCAUGAGCUGGUGUCCUUCAGUUGUCCUGCGCUCUGAAAAUGAUGAAAUAAAUGAAAGAAGUUACAGUCUGGAAGGACUUGCACCAGAGAAGGAGGGAAGGAAAGGUAUGGUUCAGCAGCGUGUCGGAGAGUCCAGUCAGGAGCCCAAAUGUCCAUCAAAAGUGGACAGAGAAGACAAAGGCUCGCUUGUGUCUCUGACUGAAGAAGAGCAGGAGUCAGAUCUAGGCGACUGCAGCAGUUUGGACAGUCAGAAAUCCAUCCAGUCGGGACGGAGAUGUGUUCCUCAUUCACAACCCAUCCUCACCAAAUCUGUGUCCAUGGUGGCCAUCAGUCAGAAAGACCUGGACGCAAUGGGACGGCUACGACCCAAGCGACGAAUCUCCUUCUCCUUCAGCAUCUCGCCGAUGCUCCCCAAAUCUAAAACUCUCUUUUCUAUUGGCUCUUCAUCCAGUGAUGAGGAGGAGGCAGUCAGAUUGAGUUCAUUCACUGGAACAUCAGGAUCAUUAGCGUACAGUAUAUCGGAGGAGGAUCCAGGGCCAUUACGGAGUGACAGUGAAGGCAAAAUUGGAGGAACCAAAGUGAGCAGGACAUUCAGUUACCUCAAGAGCAAGAUGAGCAAGAAGAACAAGCAGGAGAAGGAGAAAGAGAAGAAUAAGGAGCGUGAGCGAGAUGCCAAAGACAAGGAGAGGAGAGCCUCAAACGGACAUCUCUUCACUACGGUCAUGACUGCACCCACAAUCCCCUGCCACCAAUGCAACAAACUCAUCAACACUAAAGAUGCUAUCCUCUGCACCAAUUGCAAUGCACAAGUCCACAAAGGCUGCAAAGAGAGUCUUCCUGUCUGCGCUAAAGUCAAGAUGAAGCAGCAAAAACAGCAGCAGACAGUUACAGAUUCUGCCUCGAUGCCUAAUGUCACCCUCAGAAGUAAAACUCUUCCAGCAAGGGAUCGUCCGUGGUCCACAAUAUCUGUUCCCGAUGACCAGCCGGCUCCUCUCGCUCCUCCUCGGAAAAACCCCAGCAGUAUCAUGUCUUUCAACAGCAACCCACUGUCUAAGAGCAUGUCCAUUAAUAACAUAGCAGGACAAAUGGACGACACUCCUCUUAAGAAGUUUCUGUCCCAGUCAACGGACUCUCUUCACAAGACCAGUAAAGUCACAGAGUCCACAGAAUCUCUUACCGAUGAGGGUACAGAGAUGAUGGACAGCCAGUUGAUGGGAGAAUUUGAAGCUGAUGCCAAAGAGCUGGAGGCAGAUUCUUAUAGCUUCACAGUAGACAAGAAAUUCCUCAAGCAGCUUAAAAAGGAUGUUAUCAAAAGGCAAGACGUCAUCUACGAGCUCAUCCAGACAGAAAUGCACCAUGUGAGAACGCUGAAGAUCAUGGCUGAUGUUUACAGUAAAGGACUACUGAGAGAAGUUCAACUAGAAGCUCAGACGGUGGAGAAGAUGUUCCCCAUGUUGGACGACGUUCUGGAUUUGCACACACAGUUCUUCUCACACCUGCUUGAAAGAAAGAAGGAAUCAGGGAGCCAAGAAGAGGGCGGCUUUGUCAUUCGAAAGAUUGGCGAUGUGCUGGUUUCUCAGUUCUCGGGUUCCAGUGCCGAGAGAAUGAAGAAGGUCUAUGGGAAGUUCUGCGGCAGGCACAAUGAAGCUGUGAACUUCUACAAGGAGCUUCACACCAAAGACAAACGCUUUCAAGCUUUCAUCAAGAAAAAGAUGAGCAGCCCUGUUGUCCGAAGGCUAAGCAUUCCUGAGUGCAUAUUGUUAGUCACACAACGAAUCACAAAGUAUCCCGUGUUACUACAGAGAAUACUGCAGCACACGAAAGAAAACGAAGAGGACCAUGCAGACGUUAGUCAAGGUCUGAAGCUGGUGAAGGAGGUGAUUGCUGCCGUAGACAAUAAAGUGAAUGAGCAUGAAAAGAAGAAGAGGCUAAAGGAAGUGUACAGCCGGACGGACAGCAAGUCCAUCAUGAGGAUGAAAAGCGGGCAGAUGUUUGCCAGAGAGGAUCUGUUACGUGGCCGGAAGUUAAUUCACGACGGGCCGCUGCAGCUCAAGAACUCAGCUGGCAGACUCAAGGAUGUCCAGGCUCUGCUGCUGAGGGACGUGAUUGUGUUCCUGCAGGAGAAAGAUCAGAAGUACAUUUUCGCCUCUUUGGACCAGCGCUCCACCGUCAUCUCCCUGCAGAAGCUCAUCGUGAGGGAAGUAGCCAAUGAGGAGAAAGGUCUGUUUCUGAUCACAGCCGGCAUCGAGAAGCCCGAGAUGGUAGAAGUGUACACAAGCUCCAAAGAGGAGAGGAACACGUGGAUGCAGCUCAUUCAAGAGGCCAUGCAGUCUAUACUGUCCAUUUCCUCCAGGGAGAGAGAUGAUGAUGAAGGUGUGCCGAGUGAAAACGAAGAGGACAGGAGACUUCAGGAAAUCAAAGUCAAGGAGUUCAGAGAUCAGCUGCACAAAAGAGACGAGCAGAUCUUGACGUUACUAGAGGAGAAGGUGAAGUUGUUCAGGGACAUGUGUGACUGUGGUGCACCGGACGAGACGGGGCUUCGUAACCGAAUGCUCUUCAGGGCCACGACGGAUGAUGUCACCAAAGGAGAACCAAUCAUGAAGGAGGCUCUGAAGGAAGUUGAAACGCUGCAGGUUCUGGUUAAUGACAGUCUUGGUGGUGCGGUUCAGGAAGGUGUGUGUGCGGCGGGACAUGUGACUCUGCCACGACGAGCGGAAACAUUCGGAGGCUUCGACAGUCACCAGAUGAACAUCUCUAAGGGCAAAGAUGGAGACAGAGAGGAGCUGGAGGAGUCUGCUGAGCUACGCAGGACUGAGUCAGACAGUGUGUUGAAGAAGACGAGUAAGACCAACCCUUUACUGCUGGUCAGGAGAAACAAUGAGCAGGUUCUUCAGAGCGUCGCUCAUCUUCAUGACCUGCUGAACACAUUACAGGCUGUGGUGGUCCAGCAGGACACCUUCAUCGAAGACCAGCGUCAGGCUCAUCCCUCCUCGCGCCACCCAUCCAUCUCCUCCUCUACCUCCUCUUUAUCAUCCACCUCAUCCCGGCCGAGCUCUCUAAUCGAGCAGGAGAAGCAGCGCAGCCUGGAGAAGCAGCGGCAGGAGGUGGCCAGCCUCCAAAAACAGCAGGCGGCCCACGCCGAGGAGAGGCGGCGCAGGGAAAAGCAGUGGGAGACCCGAGAGAAAGAGCUGACCCAGAGGGAGACGGAGAUUCAGAGCCAAGAAGAGGAGGCACAGAGGAGAGCCAGACAGCUGGAGGAGGAGAAACAAGAGCUGCAGAGUAAGAAAGAAGAGUAUCAGAGAGACCUGGCACGACUGCGGGACAGCCAGAAGAGACUGGAGAGAGAGAGAGAGCAGGUGCAGAGAGAGGCAGACGAGAUGAAACUAACUGAGGAAGUGACGAAGAACCGGUCGCCGUCCACCACGUCUGAAGACUCCUCGAGGUUCCAGAGCACCGGUUCAUUGGACCGUGACCCAUCAGAGAUGGAGCUCUCCUCCUCGCCGUCAACCAGAGACUUACUGUCCCGCAUGGAUUCCAAACGCAAAGGGAAAAACCUCAAUCCGUUCUCAUCCAACUCAAGCCAGAAGAGCCAGAACAGCGAGGCUCAGAGCCAGAUGCCCAGCCGUCUGCUCCAGUUGGCCAAACCCAAGGAGAAGAAGGACAAGAAAAAAAAGAAGGGGAAAGGCCAGCAGAGCCAGACUGCAGACUCUCAGAGCGCUGUUGUUCCAGGCUCGACCCCAGACGGAGAGAUCUUUUUCUGCUGAUUCUUCCUCCUCCGCUAUCCCACAAUGCCCAAACGCUCCGCUCUCUGGAUGUGGACUUGUAAAAACUAGAGCUGGAAAUGCAUACCUGUGGUCUCGAUGGGCAUCAGGCCUGGACAGGAGGUCGAAACUCAUCAUUUCCUUUCAUAUUUCAGCAGCCAGCAAACUGCACAGUGCCUUCAUUCCCUCACAUACACCUAUGAACACAAACACACACACAUAGACAGAAGACGUUAUUUAGGGAACAGUAUGUGUCGGAUAAGACCACUGUGGGCACUUUUGGACACACGGACGUCCUGUGGAAAUGAAAAAAAAUUCUGGGGGGGUGCUGGGAACCAAAUGGCAUUCCUAGACAGCGAAAGUCUCCUUUAAAUGCUCUUCUUGAAGGACAUUUGAUUAACGAAGAUGCUAAUAAUCAAAGUUUGUGAUGCAGUGACUGAGGUUUCCAUUUUCUUCCCAUCCGUCAUGUUACUCACUAAUAUAUACUGUCAGCAGACAAACUGAAACGUACGGAAGCUUGUUUAUGCCACGGUUUAAAAAAAAAAAGAGAGAGAGAAGUAUAAAAAGGUAAUAGUGACUCUUUUUCACAAUUUAGAAUUUUUUUUCUGACACUUUAGAGAGAAAAAAAGAAAAGUUGCAAGAUGUGAACAAUAGAAAGAACUAAAUAUUGAGUUUAUAUCUCACUGUUUGUACUUUUUUUUUCUCGUAAUUGUUCAUUUGUGCAAUUGUGAGUUUAUAGUUAUUCAUUCAAUUCUGACUAUUGAGAUUUUCUUCGAAUUGCAAAUUUAUGUCUUGCAUUUCGUCGCAAUUUAGUUUGUUUAUAUCUCACAAUUUCUACUUUAUUUCUUGCAUUAUUUCGCAAAUGAGACUUUUUUUUUCUCAAAUUUGAGUUUCUGACAAUGUUUCUGCAAUUCGUAGAAAGUCAUAAUUGUGAAAUGUGAACAAUUACAGUCGUAACUUUUGCAGUUAUGUCAUAGCAGUUAGUUUCCCUCAUAUUUGAGACUUUUUUCCUCGCCGUUUUGAGCUCUUCAAACAUUAUUUGUUGACCUUCUGAAUUUCUAGUCCUCAAUUUAGAAUUUUGUUUACUAAAGUGCAAAAUUAUUGCAAAAUUGCCAGUUUAUUUCUUGCGAUUUUGACUUUUUUCAAAUCUGAUGGUAUUUCUUGCAAUUCUGAGUUUAUGUCGCAGUUUAUAUCUCACUUUUUUUCUCGUAAUUUUUAAUUUGCUCAAUUGUGAGUUAAUAGUUAUUCCGACUAUUUCUUGCCAUUGAGUUUUUCUUUGGAUUGCAAAUUUCUGUCUUGCAAUUGUGUUUGAACAUUUCCUCGUAAUUCAGAUUGUUUAUAUCUCACAAUUUCUACUUUAUUUCUUGCAAUAUUUCGCAAAAAACAGAUUUUUUUUUCAAGAAAUUUUUUUUCUUGAAAUUGACAGUUUUUAACAUCAUUUCUGCAAUUCGUAAUUGCAUAUAAUUCAUAUAAUUGCAAAACGUAAACAAUUACACAAAGUCGCUAUCUGAGUGUAUAUUUUGCAUUUGGUAUGAGACUUUUACUUGCAGUUGUAAGCUAUUCAAACAUUAUUUGUUGCAAUCUAUAGCUGUCAGUUCAGACUUUUCUUUACUAAAAUGCUAAAUUAUUGUGAAAUUGCGAAUUUAUUGCUUGCGAUCUUUGACUUUUUUUUAAUCUGAUAGUAUUUCUUGCAAUUCUGGCUUCUUGUAGUUCGGAGAAUUUGUGAUAAGUACAAACUUUGAGUUUAUGUAUUGAAAUUCUGUUUAUAUCUUACAGUUUGGACUGUUAUAUUUGCGACUUCUCACGUUUGUGAGUUUAUAGGUUUCUUGCAAUUCUUACAUUUCUUUACAAUUCUCACAAGUGCAGUUAACUUUAUAACUCACUAUAAAUUCAGUCAGAAUUGUGAGAAUAAUCUCGCAAAAUAUUCAGUAUUGUUAGAUACAGAGUUGCGAUAAUCCUUUUUUUAUUUCUUCUGUGGCAAAAACAAGCUUCCGUAUGAACAGGUCUUUUGAGGCAGAGUUGGUUUAAAUACAACCCCGGGGUUUUAUUUCUUUUAAAAAGUCGCCAAUUAUACCUUUAUGAAUAAAAGGGAUGCAUUUAAAACAUUUUAGUGAGCACAGCAGAAAUGAAAAAGAGUUUAUUGCCUUAAUGGUCUUGUAAUUAAUUUAUUGGUUUUGUUAAUCACGUUUUUUUCCACCCCAUAUGACUAAAAAUGUACUUCACUGCGACUCUUAAAGGCUUAAAAAAAACCACAGAAGUUUUCCUUUUUUUGCAAAUCUCAAUGCAAUUUUAAUCCUUAGCACUUUAUAAGCACAUGUUGAGUGGGAAAAAACAAAACAAAACAAAAACAUGGCUGGCUUUAAAAAUGAGACAAUCUUUGAUUAAAAGCCUCCUUUGUUACAUGUAAGGGUUUUUUUAAAUUUGAUAAUCUUUUACUGUACCAUAUGAAUGUUAUGUACAUUUGUUCAACCAAACACAAAGCUAGCUUUCAGGUAAGCUACCAAAAUAGUGGGUGUUUUCAACUGCAGUAUUUUAUUUUUUACUCUAAAGCAAACUAAAAGAGAUGAGGAAAUCAUCAGCUUUACACAAGCUAACAAAUCAAACUUGUAUUAGCCCCAAUGCAGUUCAAAACUUAGUUACAAAUCAGAAAUGUUGCAUUUGACAAGCCGAUGUGUUUUAAAAAAAACAAUAUAAACAUACAUUGUGUUUAUGUAUUAAACGCUUGGUUUGUACCCUCGAAUAACUAGAUUUUAGCCAGUCAAAAAGCCCUCGCCUGCUGGCCAGGCCAACCGUUCUGUUGAACAUAAGGAAAUAUUUUAUUUUAUUUUUUUUCAAAAAAAAGGGGGAAAUUGUGCAGAUAAAAAGUGUUAAUUUAAGCUUCCUGCUGUUUUUAUUUGAUUUUCUUGCCAUUAAACUUCUACCUAACACGCCUCUGUAAAGCAUUUGAGUGAUGAAUGUCUCAUUUAUUGAUCCUCCUGGGAUUUAAUUCAUACGUCCGAGCGAUUUUUAUGAUCCGUCAGCGUUUUCCAUCUGAGGAAAAUGUAUUUGCUGACGUUGAUAGUGUGUUAUUCUGGUGCUAAAUAUGCUUUAUCCAACAGGGGGCGAUGUGGCAAUGUUCAUAUUUUAUAUCUUUUGUCCCACCUGAAGCGUAAAACUUGCCAAAAUACUGUUUGUGUCGGAUUUUCAGGCGAUUUGUUUAUGAUGCACUUGCCUUCGGUUUUUCUUGAAUCCUGCAGUGUUUGUCAGCUCCUAUUAUCGCCAUAAUUAGAGAUAAUUUAUUUUAUUAAAGCUAUUCUGAGGUGUUUUUGCUCAUUUGAUAUACUGAGGAAUGCACUUGAUGAGAAUCUAAAUCGUCACAAUAAUUCAAAACUGCUUGGACCUUUUGUGGACGCUAUAUUUAUUUUAGUUUUACUCACGUUAAAUGGUUAAGCUUUCACAGCAUUUACAACAACAUUUUCAUCAGUAAAUUUAAAAUUAGGUUGUCAAAAAGAACUGUCUUAAUCCUUAUUUUCAUUAUUGAACUAUUAAACAUGCGUCUACCAUCAUUAAAGUCCGUGGAGGUACCGUCAUUUUUUUGGGGGGGGGAAAUUUUUUUGGUGUAAAAAUAUACAAAUACAGGGGCAAAAUACCACACAUCGUGUAAAUAUCUGUAAUGUAAAAAUAUAUAAUUGUAAAAGUAUUAAUUAUGGAUUUUCCUUUUGUGCUUUUGAUUUAAAGCUUUUUAUAACUAGCUUUAUUAUUUAUCUGCAUUGUCUUUGUUGAUUGGACAACAAGACAUGAAAAAAUGUACAUUUAAAAAAAUCUUAAUAAAUAACUAUUGUACAUCAA